ACGAGCGGCGCAGGCGGAGGAGGCAAGAUGGCGGCGGAGGCUGCUGCCGCCGCCGACGCGCCGCUCUCUCCUCAGCCGGGCCGCUGCGCCUAUUUCGUGGCGCGGAAAAGGCGCUUCUGCAAAAUGGUGCCGGCCCGGGGCAAGCGCUUCUGCGGCGAGCACGGAAGCCGUGAGGAAGAAAAUGGCAGGAAAAGAAUUCCAUGCCCUUUGGAUCCGAAACAUACUGUAUAUGAAGAUCAGCUACAAAAACACUUGAAAAAGUGUAAUUCAAGAGAGAAGCCAAAACCUGUCUACUAUGCUCAAGAUAUUAAUGCAGGACUGAAAGAUGCGACAGAGUUGCCAGGAGAGCAGCAGGUACCGAUUUCUGCGCUGUCUAAAGAAGAGUUGGAGGACUUAAUUAGAAAGCUAAGAAGAGCAAGUAACUGUAUAAAUUAUGUACUUAAGGACCAAAUCCUCUCUCACCAAGCUUUACAAGAGGCCUUGAAUGACCCCCAAAAUGGAGAGGUGGCUUUUAAGCAUUUGAAACAACAGGCUUCUAUAUUAGGUAACAUGGAAAGACUGCAUUUGCUUGAACCUGGCAACUGUUUUGUUGAAUUUGGAGCGGGACGAGGAAAGCUGUCCCACUGGGUGGAUAUAGCCUUACAAGAUUCUAAAGAUGUGCAUUUUCUUCUUGUUGAAAGAGCAACUACUAGGUUCAAGGUAGAUGGUAAGCAUAGAAAAAAUUGCUUUGAAAGGCUUCAAGUCGAUAUCCAGCAUUUGUGUUUAAAUAAGGUCCCGGUUCUUGUGAAAGAGAAGUUGCCUGUGAUAGGAAUUGGAAAACAUGUUUGUGGUGCGGCAACAGAUCUUGCUUUGAGAUGCUUAGUUGAAACAUAUGCAAAACUCUGCGAAGGUGAGAAGGAGGGCCCUGCACCUAAACGCUUUAAGAGCAAUGAAACCAGCAUAACUUCUAAUAAUUCUGGUGAAUUGCAUGGCAAGCCUAUAGCAGACAGCUGGAGCCCUGUGGCUGGGGUUGUUAUUGCCCUGUGUUGCCAUCAUAGAUGUGACUGGAAGCAUUACGUAGGCCAAGACUUCUUCACAAAAGUAGGACUUGGGGCGAUGGAAUUCAAUUAUUUUAAAAGAAUGACAAGCUGGGCCACUUGUGGCAUGAGAGAAACUGAGAGGAAAAGCUAUGCAACUCAUACAAAGAAUGAAGAACAAAGCAAUGAGACAGAAGAACAUGACCAAGAUGAAUACAAUUUGGAUAGCCUGCAAGGGCUGUUAACCACUGAGGACCGAAAGCAGAUAGGUCAGCUUUGCAAACUGUUGAUUGAUCAUGGUCGGAUCGAAUAUUUACAGCAGAGAGGAUAUGAAGCUGUGUUACAGCACUAUACAGAUCACAGCGUGUCCUUAGAAAAUGUACUCCUGACAGCUGUGCCUUGUCAGUCUUCAUUAACCCCCUCAACUGCUUAAAAGUGAGAGGACUUUAGAAAAAACUGGACACACAGUCUGCAGAACAUGUCUCCUCUUCUAACAUCCAGUAUAGAGCUUACCAAAUAGCUAGAGGUUUUUAUAGCCUCCUCUGGAAGCAGAAGAAAGGAAACAUCAACUUAGUCUUCUUCACUGAGAGAACGCCUUUGUUUGGAAGACAUAUUCUUGUGAACUUCCAGCAGCAGUGAAAACUCAGACUGGCAAAGAUUUUUUUUUACUUUUCAUUGACAGCAGCACCAGCUAGCAUACCACUUUCCAUGUUUUCUGAAAGAGAAAAUGUUUAAUGGAAGAAAUCUACAUGCCAAGAAACUUACAUUAAAAAAAUAAUACUGUCAACUUAUUUAUAAUCCUAUCUGUUCACCAUAUCUUUUUGAAAGGUUUUUUAAAAACAAGUUUUUAUACUCUUUGCAUUAUGUGCUUGCAUAGAAUUAAAGUACUUCGUUGAA